AUGCACACGCAGAACCCUUAUCACCACUUGAAGGUCUGGGUUGGACACCCACCCGGCAUAUGCUGUCACAAUCCCGAGCAUGCCUGGGGCAAUGAUUUUGUCAUCUUAGAUAUAUCUGGCAUCCACCGCGUCGGGCUUGACUUCUGUAACUGCGAGAUGGCUCAACCUCAUGACAUUCAACUUCUGCGUGCUCAGCUGUUCCCUGCUACAAGCGACAACCCAAAGACGGCCGCAACCUUCCGGCUACUCGAGCACUUCCACCUCCUAUCAACGCAGGCAAACAUAUCUGGCUUCCGAUUCUAUUCUAUGCUAGAGCGACGCACUGAUAAUACUGGUCUCGAUACACCCAAGGAUCGAUACCCUGAGCUGAUGCGCAUGGUACGCCAGUGGCGCCACCUUAAGAUGCUCAAGCGGUUUGGCCGUGGACAUGACCCAAGCGGAGUAGCAGGCACUGUACCCGGCAGUUGUGCCGUGGAAUGUCCGGCGUGUCCUCAUCCUGGAAAAAAUCUCCCUGAAGAUUGGAAGGAAGCUCCACCAAAGCAGAGGUGGCUGUAUCAGCUAUUCCUCGGCAUGGACGCGAAUUUUCGGCUCAAGAGAAAGCAGGUCUCGUCUGAUGCUGCCGACCCAGGGCUCAACGAAGGAAUCGCUUUCUUCGUUGAGGAAAACCAGUACAAGACACAUAUCAAGACGUACGGCAAGGUCAUCAAGGAGGAGAUCAGUACAUGCAACAAUCACGACGCAGUGAAGCUCGCCAAUUUGAAGGGCUCUCAAGGUACGGCUGCGAGUGGAGUGGGAACGGUCGAAUGUACUCGCCAUGAUAUGAAGCGGCCGUGUUCCGUCGGGGACUUGCAGAAGGGAGAGCGGUACGUCAACAUGGAUUAUCUUUUUCUCAGCAGCAUGCGACAAAACACUCCGAACUUCAUUGUCGUAUCAUACGAUAUUGCGUGUCAGUGGUCAAUACAUUUGUGGGAACGCAUGGCGCUGUACAAACACCACUUCAAUUUCGACAAUCGCAUGAUCUCCUUCCUCAUUCCUAAAUUCCAUCUACCCGCACAUCAGGAAUCAUGUCACCUCAAGUACUCAUUCAAUAUCUCACCACAAGUAGGACGCACAGAUGGUGAGGCCGUCGAACGAGGCUGGGCCGCCGUCAAUCUGUUUGCUUCCAGCACGAAAGAGAUGGGCCCCGGUUCACGUCGAGAUUUGCUGGACGAUAUUUUUGGAGCAUACAACUGGGACAAAGUUACUCGCAUGGCGGAGACCAUGCUCAUCAAGAUGAAAAAUGCUCUCGAAGAGCGCAACACCCACGUCGCUGCCUUCAAAGAGCUCUGUACCGCCCUUCCUGCCGAUCGCAUAGCAGAGUGGACUGAGGCUAUCGAAGCAUGGGAGAAAGAUCCCUCAAAGCCCAAUCCUUUUAAGAUUACACGAAGCGUUGUCACACAGGCGACCGUACGCCUCCAACUAGUGGAUGAAGAUGCUGCGCGGCUUCGAGAUGGUGAGAGCUUUGUGCUUCAUGACAAGAUCUCGCCGAGCCUGAUGAUCAUGACUGGCUUGGAGCUCAAAGAACUUCAACGUCGACUGCAUGAGGAUACAAAACAACUGGGCUCACAUUCCACGGACCUUCAGCGUGCAAAGGUGCUCGAGCGUCGGAUUGCACUCCAGCAUCGUUAUGAUGCAUGGGUAGAAGUCCAGCAUUUGUACAUGCCGGCGGUCGCUGCCUUGCGCUUGCGGAACACUAACAGUGCGUCAAAUGUCGUCCCCGAUGCAAGACUAUUCCUUCCGUCAGAGAUCAUCAGCACGGUUCAAUGUGAUCCUUUGCUUGCAGCUUGCGAGCACCGUCUGCGGCGGGCACAAGCACACGAUGCGCUGGAAAGUCUACGUCGACAUCUACGUCUGCGAAGCCACCUGUAUCAAGUGAAGGAUCGUUUUGUGCAUGGUCAACGUCCCAAUACGCGUGCACGUGGAGUCAUCGAUAACGUGCAAAACAAAGUCAAUACGGACGCUAAGCAUUACAGAAAAGCUCGCGAUGCACUAGAGGCCCUCAGUAAUGUUUUUGGAGAUCAGAUGUGGCAGCGUGAACUGCGUCAGCUUGAUGAUGAAGACGUUCGAGGCAUGUCUGAAGGCCUCUUAAUGAAGACCGAGGGCCGACGCACUUUGUCGUGGAUUUGGCGAACGCCCGGCAUUGGCUCGGUCGAUAGCAGCAGUGAGAAUGAGGGAGUUCAAGAGGCGCUACACGUUGAGUGGUGUAAAGCACGCGCGCAUGCACACCGAUGGUCUGAAGAAUGCCAGUUGCUGGAAGAAGAGAUGCGGCGCAUUGUGCAGUAUCACACUUAUCGUGCUGGUUGGUGGCUGGACCAGAUAGGGAGGAAGUCCGUCGUCUCAGAUGAACUUCGAGAGGGUAUGGCCGCAUAUGCUUUCCGUCAAGCAGAGCUACGUACCUCAAUGGGCAAGCUCUGCCAGAAGACUUGGAGAUAUGUUUCUCGCUGGCUGAAGUUCGAUCUAUGUGCUGCCAAGGAUAUGGACACUUACGGCCCUUGA